AUGACGCGCAGAGGAAUUGAGGAGAAUCCGGAUCAAAUCAGAGCCAUCACAGAGAUGCCAUUCCCAAGAACGAAUAAGGAGGUCCAGAAUCUACCAGGUCGAUUAGCAACUUUAAAUGGUUUCAUUUCACGCUCGUCAGAUCGAUUCAAACCAUUCUUUGAUGUUUUGAAGAAAGCAGUGAAUUUUGGUUGGACAGAUGAGAGCGAGAAUGCUUUCAAUGAGAUCAAGCAGUAUCUGUCAACUCCUUCAGUUUUGGUGAGUCCAAAAACUGGACAACUGAUCGGAGUUUAUUUGGCUGCAACGGAGAACGUUGUAAGUGCAGUGCUGUUUAUUACGGAUCUACAUGAAAAGCAUGUUUACUUCAUCAGCAAAUCUUUGACAGGGGCGGAAACACGUUACAAGAAAAUUGAGAAGAUAACACUUGCACUGUUGCACGCAUCUCGUCGCCUCAAGCCUUAUUUCCAAGGAAGGAAGAUCAUAGUCUACUCGGAAUACCCGCUGAAGAGAAUCCUGGAACGUGCUGAUGAUUCCAGCCGACUAGCCAUAUGGUCAAAUUUUCUGGGGGCUUACCGAAGAAGAAGAGAGCCAGCCACCGAUCAGACUGGGGGCGAGUCCGCAAUGGAGGUCGAUACACCUGAACCUUUAUGGACUGUAUUUACUGAUGGGUCCUCAAAUGUUGGUGGAGAUGGAGUUGGAUGUGUCAUCCUUACUCCUGAAGGUUCGAGGAUCGAGAAAGCGACCAAGCUUGGUUUUCAUGCAUCAAACAAUGAAGCUGAAUAUGAAGCUGCAAUUAUCGGUUUAAAUGCUGUCAAACAGUUAGAUGCGAAGAACGUGAAGCUGGUGACUGAUUCCAUGCUAGUAGUCAACCAGUUUCUGGGGACCUAUAGAACCAAGGAAGAGAGGAUGGCCUUGUAUUUAGAUCAUAUGAGAGAGCUGGCAAAUGAGUUUGACCAAUUCUCUAUUGGUCAGCGACCGCGGUUGGAAAAUAGGCACGUGGAUGCUUUAGCAUAUCUUUCUUCCGCAGUCGAAACUGAUACCACCCGUUUCGUUGUGGUAGAUUUCCAAGAGUUACCUAACAUCUCCGACAGCCACCUUGUUCUGGAUCUCGAACACGCUAGUGGGGGAGAGAGGGCAACUACAUCAGCAUAG